AUGCAAUUAACAUUGGAAGAGCACACAACUAAAAUAUCACAUAUGCUAAAAGUUAUAAUACUUCUUGCGUUAGUGACAUUCGCUGUAUGCGAACGUGAAACGCCUCCUUCACGUCCGUUAUGGCCAGAUGGAUUCCGAACACAAGCAAUAAUAACUGCUUUUGAUGAAAAUAAUCAACCACAUGCUCAUCGUAGUCUUUUUUACUAUGCAUAUACAAACAAAACAGCUAGUGGACGUUGGCAAGGUAAUGAACGACAUGAUCAUUUUGGUUAUUGUUAUGGUUGGGCAUUGAAUGAAUCGAGUUGCACUAUAUUAAUUACUCAAGAUGUCUACAUUAUUGCUCGUAAUCUUUGUUGCAUAGCUAUGCCAGGAAAUUUCGGUGUACCUCGAGAUUGGCUUAAGGGUGCUACAUGGCUUGGAAUAGAACAAAUACAUGGCAGGACUGUUGAUCAUUGGUAUUCUUGGGAACAUGAAUAUUGGAGUGAAGUUGAUGAACCUAGAAAUGGUGUUCGUUAUUCGGGACCUAAUUUUAAAACACCUCGCCAAUUUACUGAUUAUGAUGCAUGGGAAAUCGCUCCACAAGAUCCUCAUCUUUUUGAUCUACCAAAAAAUACUGAUUGCAGUCAACCAUGUCCGUAA